GCCGCAGCCGCCGCCGCCGCCGCCCGCGCUGAGCCCCAACACGGCCCGCGGCCCGCGCCCGGCGGCAGCAUGAGCCAGGCCGAGCUGUCCACCUGCUCCGCGCCGCAGACGCAGCGCAUCUUCCAGGAGGCCGUGCGCAAGGGCAACACGCAGGAGCUGCAGUCGCUGUUGCAGAACAUGACCAACUGCGAGUUCAACGUGAACUCGUUCGGGCCUGAGGGCCAGACGGCGCUGCACCAGUCGGUCAUCGACGGCAACCUGGAGCUCGUGAAGCUGCUGGUCAAGUUCGGCGCCGACAUCCGCCUGGCUAACCGCGACGGCUGGAGCGCGCUGCACAUCGCCGCGUUCGGCGGCCACCAGGACAUCGUGCUCUAUCUCAUCACCAAGGCCAAGNAGGCCAAGUAG